UCCUGGUUGUCAUUUAUAUUUGACAGCUGACGUUUAAGUUGUGUUGCUUUGGCCGCGAGUUUCCCCGUGUUCUUGUAAAAAUAACCGGCAAAGUGAUAACCAGCGGUUGUGAUCAGUGUGAGUAUAGUUUUAAACCUUUUCGGUUUACUGCUGUUCGAAAAUGUCGGGGCUUCUGAACAGGACGCCCUUUCUCGAGGAGUCCGCCGUACUUUUCACGGACCAAAAAGUUACGGAUGCCAGAGCAAAGAUUGUAGAAUGGCUCAACACGGCGGCAAUGGGGAGCACCACGGAAAAGUGCGAUUCGUUGGCGAAGAUCCAGGAAAUCAUCUUAAACACACAAGUGGAUCUGAUCGAGGAGUUUACGGAGAAUAUUCUUUGCUUCUCGCAAGAUCCCGUGCAGGACGUACGCCGAGCAGUUGUCGGAUUUAUUGAACAGAUUUGUAAAGUCAAAAUAGAAUACCUUCCGCGGGUAGUGAAUAUCCUGGCGAUGUUGUUACGAGACUCCUCGCCACAAGUUAUCAAACGUGUAAUUCAGGCGUGCGGCUCAAUCUAUAAGAACGCCCUGAAAUGGAUUUGCUCCAACAUAGAAAUCACAGAGGAAGUGGAGCAGGCGUGGAAUACUAUGUCCUUGAUAAAGGCGGAAAUUGUUGACAUGAUCGACCACGAUAACGAUGGUAUACGAACGAAUGCUGUGAAGUUCCUAGAAGGUGUCGUUAUUCUCCAAACCUACGCAGAUGAGGACAGCAUGAAACGAAGUAAAGACUUUUCGUUGGAAGACGUUCCAAUAACACUGAAGAUCGCACGCAGGCGUAAGCUAGAAGUGGAGGCAUUAAAUAUAUUCGAUUGCUUAUUAAAAUUUCAUGGGGCAUCUCAUAUUUCUUCAGUAAAUUUGAUUGCUUGCACUGGGACUCUUUGCACUAUUGCCAAACUGCGGACAUCCCUAAUGAAACCGGUUGUAGAUGCUAUAAAAAAUUUGCUGUCGAACCUUCCUCCAACAUUAACAGAUUCACAAGUCAGUUCCGUAAAGAAAAACUUAAAAAUGCAACUUUUGAAUCUACUCAAAAACCGUGGUUCGAUCGAUAUGCAACAUAUCAUUGUAGCACUCCUCCAAGAUUUGGGAGCUUCCAUACAGGAGAUUUCCCGAGCAAUCCCGAAAAUUGAUAAGCAAGAGCAACAGCGACGUGCAAAACGAAAUUUGGAGAAUGCCAAUGAAACGUCUAGUGCAAAGCGAACUAAGGUAGAAGCGCCCAUUCCAAUUGAUUCACGACCAAUGGAAAUAGACUACGACGAAUUAGAUCAGCAAAAACUCCGAUCGAACAAACUCAACGAGAAGUUUAUCGCGGAUCACUUGAAUAACUUAGAAACAGUCGUGCAACUUGUGAUGGCUUCGAUUACAAGUCUACCCAAUGAAAUUCCGACUUUCUUCACAAAUAGUUACAAGCCAAUUGUAAAUAUGUCGAAGGCGCAGCAAAUAACGAAAAUUGCUUCAAUGCUGGCGGAGCAAAUGACCGAAAGCCGCAUCGGUCCUGGAACUUCCGCAUUUACGAAAGAACCGCCGAUGCGUUUAUGUGCGCAAACGGACGAUGAUGAUAUUAUUACCACUGAGUCAAGGACGGUUGGGGAAGAAAGUCCAAUCAUUGACCUGGAAAUGGCUGAACGAGAUGAAGGUGUUAAAAAUUCAGGAGAUAUUCGAAAGGAGGAGGCGACGAAGAAAUUACGGGAAACAAUGGAAAGAGCAAAGGGGGAAGCUUUGCUUCAACGCAUGAAACAACGCGUGAAAACUUUGAAAUUGCAAGAAAUCACGAAACCUCUAUCGAAGCAAGCAAAGGAGCAGUUUAUGCUUGAUGCAAUAUCACGCAUUCUGAAAGCGGAGUGGCAAUGCGUUAAAGGCGGGGUCUCGGUGAAACGUCGAAAAAUCUUGACUGUUAUGGCAGCUACAUUUCCUGAUAACGUUCGCGAAGUAAUUUUGAACUUUAUUAUGGCAGAUCUCAAGAAUAGAAUUGAAUUGGCUUUUUCGUGGCUUUAUGAGGAAUACUGUCUACUUCAGGGAUUUACACGGCAUUCGUACAUCAAGACGGAGCAUAAGCCAGAUCAUGCGUAUAACAAAUUAUUCAGUCAAUUAGUUGCAGGAACCAUAGCCAAAAAAGAAACGAAGGAGAAAGUUAUUCUGCUCCGGCGAAUCUACUUAGAGUCACCAAUACUGCCUGAUGAUUCAAUUACCAAUCUGAUCUCAAUGUGCGAGCUCGAAGAAAUGUCUUUUCAUUGCUUAGAAUUAGUGAAAGAUUUGGCUGUGCGAAGACCGACGAGAAGAAGUCGUUUCCUGAAUAUUUUGCUUACUUAUAGUGUACAUGAGAACGGUGCUCUUCGCGAGAGGGCCUUAGAAAGUGUUAUUUCGUUGUAUGUUACACAUAAAGUCCUUACUAAUAAGGUAGACGAAUUCGCUUUGGAAUGGCUCAAGUUUUUGGAAGCUGAGAAACCCCCGGCUCAGAUGUUCAGUGCGGAAUAUGGGCGACCGGAAGCAGUUCUCGUCUGGAACGAGGAUUUGAUAAAAAUUUGUUUGACUGUUGUUCUUGCUUUGAUGCCAUAUCAUGAAGACAUGAUUCACAAUCUUAGUGAGGUUUACAUAGUAGCGACAUCUGACAUCAAAAGAAUAAUUCUGCGUGCAGUGGAAGCGCCAGUCAAGAAAAUGGGACCAGACAAUGCGCAAAUAUUAAAACUCAUCGAACAAUGCCCGAAAGGCGUUGAGACACUCAUCACAAGAAUUGUGCACACGUUAACCGAAAAGUCGUCACCAACAUUAGAAUUAGUUUCGCGUGUCAGAGAGCUCUAUCAAAACAAAGUGAAUGAUGUUCGAAUUCUAAUCCCCGUCCUGAGUGGGUUGACUAAAUCCGAAAUCUUAGCAGCUCUGCCCAAAUUUUUAAAACUGAAUCCAGUUGUCGUCAAGGAAGUAUUCAACCGGUUGCUGGGUGUUGGCCCGGAGUUCUCGUCGCAAACAAUUCCGGUGACACCAAACGAAAUACUUCUUGCUCUGCACACGAUCGACAUAUCCAAGUGCGAGCUGAAGUAUGUGGUGAAGGCUACCUCGAUGUGUUUGGCUGAGAAAGAUGUUUAUACUCAGGAUGUGUUAGCUUCGUGCCUACAACAAUUAGUGGAAAUUACCCCCUUGCCAACACUGCUCAUGAGGACAGUUAUCCAAUCGCUGACGCUGUACACUCGUUUGACCACGUUCGUUGUGAAUCUUUUGCAACGUUUGAUUUUGAAGCAAGUGUGGAAGUAUAAAGUGAUUUGGGAUGGAUUUUUGAAAUGCUGUCAGCGCUUGAAGCCGCAGUCUUAUCCGGUUCUGAUACAGCUGCCCUUGGCUCAGCUCCAAGACACUCUAACACAAUGUCCAGACUUGCGGCAGCCUCUCGUUGAAUACGCGGAAGCAAUAAAUCAAAACCAAGGUGGUCACAUUUCACAGCAAAUCAUGGAUGUAUUGACAGGCAAUUCACAAGAUGUUUUUGUUACGGAUGAAAGCUUGGGAUACAUCCAAAUUGAGAAUAUCAAAAAAGAGAAGGAAGAUUACGUCGAAAUGCCGACUCCAACUCGUGGACAACCCCUCCCACCAGGAGAAGACUAAGGAAUUCUUAAAUGCAAUCCAAAUAUUUCAAAGACAAGAAUUCACAUAAUAAAAAAUAGCCGUUUUUAUUCUAA